CUAUUUCUUUAACUGAUCCUAAGUGCACACAUUAACCAAAAAGGAUGCCUUUAAUCCUAUGGAAUAAUUUAAGGCAAUGAAUGCGCCAGUCUUUGGGGCGAGAGCUUUAUAAGCGACUGUUUCCAUUGCUGCUCAUCUCAGUUUAUAAAGCUUCUGGAAAGAGGACGACAUAUAGAGUCUGGCUACAGUAUUUUCAGUUUUAUCAUUUUUCCUUGUUUCAUCAAAUGAUGGCGUCAAAGAUGAAGGAUCGCAAGAAAACUCCUGUUUCUCAUAAGGUUAUUGAGAAAAGAAGAAGAGACCGAAUCAACCGAUGUCUAAACGAGCUGGGAAAGACGGUUCCGAUGGCACUGGCUAAACAGAACUCUGGAAAACUGGAGAAAGCAGAAAUCCUGGAGAUGACGGUGCAGUAUCUACGCGCGCUCCACUCGGCAGACUUUCCGCGCGGAAGAGAAAAAGGAGAACUGCUGACAGAAUUUGCAAAUUACUUCCACUACGGCUAUCACGAGUGCAUGAAAAACCUCGUUCAUUACUUGACCACGGUGGAGCGCAUGGAGACCAAAGACACAAAGUACGCGCGGAUCCUUGCCUUCCUGCAGUCCAAAGUAGUCACCGAGCCCGUGUUUGGCGCAUUAGGCACCAUUUCACCAGACCCCACAGACCUUCUUUGCCAGCUGGAGUACCAGAGUUCGAGCCCGACCGAGUCUGUUUUCCAGCAAAGCCCACCCGGACACUUUUCCUGGCACAGUUCGGCGCGCAGUCCAACGCUCGCGUAUCCAGCAGUGUCUCAGCACGGCGCAUACUUGUCACCUGUUCAAGGACUCGAUCAUCAUUACAUGAACCUCAUCGGGCACUCGCACCAUAACGCCUUCAGCUUUCACAAUGCACAACACGCUGCCCUGUAAAUACAACUGAAUG